GCUGCAAAUAAGGCAGAUGUGUUUGUUGUGCUUUUUUAUGCUGUCUGGGCUUUCUUUUAUAAAAGCAGGCAUUCAGGAUUUAAUCUGUAGUGUUUUCUUUGGUUUGGCAUUUUUUAGUUACUUGGUGAAGAAAGUAUAUAGAAUAUUGUUAAUAAAGCAAGAUGAAGUUGAAGAAAUUGCAGUCAAUGAAAGAUGAGGACCAUUUUUAUCAUCAGGGUGCUGUGGAGCUUUUGGUCUUUAAUUUUUUGCUCAUCCUCACAAUCCUUACAAUUUGGCUGUUUAAAAAUCACAGAUUCCGCUUUUUGCAUGAAACCGGAGGGGCCAUGGUUUACGGUCUCAUCAUGGGAUUAAUUUUACGGUAUGCCACAGCUCCAUCUGAUUCCGAAAUUGGAAAUGUCUAUGACUGUGAUAAACUCAAGACUGGGCUACCCACCCUGCUUGUCAACAUCACAAAUCAAGUGUAUGAAUACCAGUACAGAAGGGAAAUUAACCAGCUUAAUGUCAAUGCACACCAAGGGAAUGCAAUGCUGCAAAAGAUGACCUUUGAUCCUUCCAUCUUCUUCAAUGUUCUAUUACCCCCCAUUAUUUUUCAUGCAGGAUACAGUUUAAAAAAGAGACACUUUUUUCGCAAUUUAGGAUCCAUUUUGGCAUAUGCGUUUUUGGGAACAGCUGUGUCUUGUAUUGUAAUAGGGUUGAUAAUGUAUGGCUUUGUAAAGGCUCUGGUGCAGGUCAAUCAACUGAACUCUGGUGAUUUUCACUUCACUGACUGCUUAUUAUUCGGCUCUUUCAUGUCUGCUACUGAUCCAGUGACAGUCCUAGCUAUUUUUCAUGAGCUUCAUGUUGAUACAGAUCUUUAUACUCUCCUUUUUGGAGAAAGCGUCCUUAAUGAUGCUGUGGCUAUAGUACUCACAUAUUCAAUAUCAAUUUACAGUCCCAAGGAGAAUCCCAACACCUUUGAUGCUGCUGCCUUCUUCCAGUCGGUGGGGAAUUUUUUAGGAAUCUUUGCUGGAUCUUUUUGUAUGGGCUCGGCCUAUGCAAUUGUCACUGCACUAUUGACAAAGUUUACUAAACUGUGUGAGUUCCCCAUGUUGGAAACUGGCUUGUUUUUCCUUUUAUCAUGGAGUGCUUUCUUGUCUGCUGAAGCUGCUGGCCUUACAGGAAUAGUGGCAGUUCUUUUUUGUGGAGUUACACAGGCCCAUUAUACAUAUAACAAUCUGUCAGAAGACUCCAAAAUGAGAACUAAACAGUUGUUCGAGUUCAUGAACUUUUUGGCUGAGAAUGUAAUCUUUUGCUAUAUGGGACUAGCACUGUUUACAUUCCAAAAUCAUAUUUUCAAUGCUCUAUUUAUAUUUGGAGCAUUUGUGGCAGUUUUUGUAGCAAGAGCCUUUAACAUAUAUCCAAUUUCAUUUAUUUUGAACCUCGGCCGAAAACAAAAAAUUCCAAAGAACUUUCAACAUAUGAUGAUGUUCUCAGGUCUACGUGGUGCAAUAGCAUUUGCACUAGCUAUUCGGGACACAGAAUCUCAGCCUAAGCAAAUGAUGUUUACAACUACUUUACUAAUUGUCUUCUUCACAGUCUGGGUGUUAGGCGGUGGCACUACAUCAAUGCUUGCAUGGUUCCAAAUCAGGGUUGGAAUUGAUCCAGACGAAGAUCAAAUGAUAGAAACUGCUACUCAGGCUGCAAAUAACUUGGAUAAAAGCACAACCAAAGCAGAAAGCGCUUGGCUGUUCAGCAUGUGGUAUGGUUUUGAUCAUAAAUAUUUAAAGCCGAUCCUCACCCAUGCUGGCCCACCACUUACUACCACUUUACCAGAAUGGUGUAAUCCUGUGGCCAGGUUGCUGACUAGCCCUCGAGCCUAUGAGGAACAACUGAAGGAUGAAGAUGGGGUUUAUGUCAAUAAUGAUGAAUUGGCCCUGAACUUUGAUGCUUCAGACCACUUCCCUGUGCCAACCCAGAACACAACAGAAUCAUCUCAACCUGCUGGCAAAGAAAACAUCUAUGAUGGUGAUCUUGGCUUAGGAGGAUAUGAAGUCCACUCCAAACCUGCUUCAGGCCAAUCUGAGUUUGCUUCCUCAGCCUGAUGUCCAUUAGAAAUAUAUACUACAAAUAUCAGAGGCAGGAGAAAAGUACAUCUAUUUUUCAACAUUAGCAAGAAGGACAUAAACAGAAAAGAAGCAAGAUCUUGCUGAAUCUCGCCCUAGAGAUCAGAAGAAUGAGAAUUUUUAAUAAUUCAUAAACAUUCUAUUAUUACACUUAAUUUUUCUGAUAGUGGCCAUUUUAACAAUGAAAACAAAGGCAUCACCUGUCUGUUAUUGGGACAUUGCAACUGUGCUUGUGGGCUGGAUCGUGCUUGUUUGCACAUGCAGAAACCUUUUGAAAAAAGUUUCCCCUAAUUAUUCAGGAAGAGAGACAAUGAGAAUUUAAUGAACUAGUACAUGCUUCCAAAAUCACAGAUAUAUCAGUAUUGUUCCUCUCUUCCCAUGUACAGCCUUUUGUAAUAAUUUGCCAUGGUUUUCCAUGAUUCCAGCAUGUGGCAAAAUAAUAUUUCCCCUACUGUAUGGUAGUCUGGCAGAAAGUGGUCUACCAGAACUGCUUGUUAAUAUUUGAGCUGCUGAAAUUUAACAUGUCAAUAACAGAGACCUUCAUUUACCAUGAUAGAGCAUGAUUGUUAGUAUAAAUAGCAAUUUUGCUCUCUCCUACCCAAUCCAUUUGCUGCCACUCCUAUGAAAUUGAUCAUAAUGCAAAUACUGUGUGCUGACUUUCCUCAGAUUUCCUGAUAUUCAGUGCUUAUAUCUAGAAUCUGACAGGACAGAGAACUGAGUAUCACAUUCAAGACUUCUAAAAUAAUGUCUGCUACAUUUCUGCUUAUUUCCUACAGCAAGAAAUAGGAGACAGAGAAUUACUAUGUAUGUUUACAUGGAUUGGAAAUGCGGCUGAAUCAUCCAUUAUAAAUACAAGUAGUUAUAGUAUCAGGAAAGUUGAUGACAGCCCUCCAAUAUAUUUUUCCUUGAAGGCAGUGCUCUGUAUCUUAUAUAUUAGAGACUGACCUCUUGAAAAGCUCAGUAUAGAUAGAACCUCCUGGAUGCACUUGCAAUCCUUUCAUAUCCAAAUACAACUGCCUUAUAGUUAGCCCAUUUGAUCCAUCUAUUCCAGUUCUUUAACUGCCAGGAUCUUUUCAGUGUUUUAGUCCUGCCUGGAAACUGUUUGAAAGUGAAAUAUUUUGCAUGUAAUGUAUAUUUUAUUUCUGAGUUACUACCUUCUGCAGCCAUCCAUGACCAUACCACAUUUCCAUUUUAAUGCUCAAUAUAGUGUUGCACUUAGCACAUAUUCUGGGUUAUUUAGCCAUCCUCAUGCAGUCUGAUGGGAAAAAUGACUUUUAGAUGUUUGCAAUUCCAGUAAAUGCUCAUGGGUGGGCGAGGUGGGAUUCCUGCAUGUAUUUUAGUGGUGCGGUGGCUAGAAUGAUGGAAUGAGAAUUCUUAUUUUUUCAUUGCAUAUUUAUCUCUCCAACAAGAACUUUUCAGAUUACUAAGCAUGAGCAGCCAAAGAAGCUGCAAAGUGAUAAGAGAUGUCUACCAGAAAGCAACACCAUCAACCAUAACAAUAACUUAAGCUCAAAAACUGCCUUCAGAAUCCCAACCUAUACUUAGAAUGAAAUGGAAAAGUAAACGUCACCUUGACAGAAAAAGCAAUAUUUCUGAUUACUGACAAACCAAUUUUGACACAGUAUUAACUCAGUAUCUGCUAAAAUAGAAAAUGGUUGCAGAAUUACAGAAGGUCUGUAAGAAAAAAUAGUAAAAAAAACUAUUGGUCAGUGCAUCAAGAUUUUCACUGUUUGAGUCCUGGGAGCAUGUGAUUUGUUGCCAUGCAAGAUCUACUACUAUUUCUGUCCUUCCACUUCAAAGAAAGUAUAUUAACAGUAAUACAUAAGUUCAAGUAUUGCGUUGUUCUAUAUUUUGGUCAUACAGCAUAGUUAUUAAGGUUCUUCAAAACUCAUGUUUCAAAUAUAUUUUACAAACCAGAAGCCAAGACUGAGAAAUGUCAAGAAUCCAUGUAAGUUAUAGCCUUCAUCUUUCAUACUAUAUGUCGGCUGUAAGAUUUUUGAUCAUAUACAUGACUUUAGUAAGAUGAGGACAAUUGCUACUUUGGAAUUAUAUUUUGAGUAUUUUAAUGUGAAAUAUUUUUAGGCUAAACAGUAUGAUUAGAACUGAACUCAUGUACUGGAUAAUGUUCCUCAACAUUGCUGCUUCAUAACAAUUUCUCAUAAAUUAUGAGAAAUUGUUUCCUUUUAUUCAAUAUCAGCACAUGGAUUCUUCAGCACUUACUCACCAACUAGCAUGAAGCAUUUGACAGUCCUCAUAUUGGAAUAAUGCAAUACAUGCCAAAGAGGUACGUAUUUACAUAGACGUCUCCAUGGAAACCACCUUGUCCACUGUCACAUAUCUAGAAGGUAGAAAAAGGCAAUGUUAGAGCAAACAGGACUUAAAAUCUCAUAGGACUGCACACUUAACUGAUGCACCUGCAUUCUAGCAUAGAGUAUGACAUGUCUAGCUUUUGGAUAAAUUGCCUAAAUUACUGGCAAGAAUGGCAUGAACUUGAAUUAAUGACUACAGCACAUAAGAUUCCCUCCCUAUAUCACUAACUCAGUGGUUCUCAACUUUAGCAACUUUAAGAUGUGUGGACUUCAACUGCCAGAAUCCCCCAGCCAGCAUGCUAACUGAGGAACUCUGGGAGUUGAAGUCCAGGCAUCUUACAAUAGUAAGAUAAUAGUGAUCUCACAUACUUUUAGCCUAUGCUAAGAAAUGGCAAUUGAUCUCUGUGAACUGAAGGAUAAAUAACUCUAUAGUUGCAUCUUUUCAACUAUCUGGCCUCCUGUUAUUCAGCUUGUCUACGAAGGUUAAAAUAGGACAUGAAUUCAAGCAGAAAUGCAGCAUGUUCGCUAUCAACUCAUCUAUUGUUUUACACAUUAUGAACGGUAAAUUUUGGCAAAUUCAAUAUCACAAGGCUCAUUAGAGAUCAGUUUACAUGCAGGAUAUAAUAGGAUGGCAGCUUGAAAGAAUGUUUCUGUCACAUGUUUAACCCUCCUAUUGCAUAAGCAUUUCACAGAGAUGCUAUGUCAUCUCAGGACAUGCAGCAUGAAGUUCCUUAUUAAGCAGCUAUGAAAAACAGUUAUUGUUGCAUAUGCAAAGCAUUGAAGUUUAUGAAACCAAAGCUCCCAACUUUAGAAAUGAUCAGGAGGGCUAUAUCCAAGACUUCUUAGUAAAACAGUGAAUGAUUAUAAAUGUAAUAAAUUUGGAUUCCAUCAUGAAUUAAAAAUGGCAACAAAAAUGUAUAUGUAAUCAAGUUUUAACCCUGCUUUUUCAGUAUUGCUGUAAUGUCACAUUUAAUCAAUCACCAGUUGAAUGCGAUACUAUAGCAAUCAUGUUAAUCAUAAAUUGAAAGCAGGAACCCUAAGAUCAAAACUGACAUGUUUUAUUUAACUUUCUUUCAAAAACAUGACUCUCUUAAAGGACCUUACUUCGUACAAUGAAAAAUAUUUUUUUUACUAUUCUGAUAAUUAUUGCUAAUGAAAAGUCUGUUCUAUAUUUACUAUUUUCUUGGUUACACCUGGUUGUUUUGGCAAGAAAGAAAUGAAGCAGUUGACAUGUCAGAAUACUUAUGGGACUUAAUGCCACAAGAAUAAGGAGAGACUGCUUGCUGGGUGCUUCAGGAGAGGAAGAAAUGUUUAUACCAUAUAAUAAAUGAACAGAUGAACUAUCUUACCAAAAAAACUGCAGGUCCAUACAGGUUUUUUUUAAUGUACAAUUAAGAGGUCAAACAUACCUCAAUUUGAAGAUUGUAUCUCAGUAUAAGAAUUAAGAAUGAUUGGGUUUAUGUUUUGUUGUAUACAAAUUCUGUAAACAUUGUGCAAAGAGCAUUGUGUUAGGUACAGUUAUGGAUAACUCUAACCAAAAGAGAAAAUAUUGUAGGCGGAGAUGUUCAAAAUUGUGGUAACUUUGAUGUACUGUAAUUAAGUGAACAGAAUGAACACGGUAUUUCUCUUGCCCAGGAUUUUCUAUCUUCAUCUCAAAUAAAUUUGCAUAGCUCCUCA